GGGACUUUCCGCAUUUUUCAUCUUUCUGAUGAAUAAGCCGGUCCUCCUUCCUCAUUUCUAACACCGUUUAUCAGCCAGACGCGCGGGGCUUUCUCCAGUUUGUUGCUGUGAACUUGCUUUGGACGUUGAGACAACCCUCCUAGAAGCAGAUGGCCGACUCUGCAGAAGAUGCGCCCCUGUCCAGAGGGAGUCUGGCGGGCAGUGAAGAAGUCCUUGUAGCCCCCGCAAGUCCCGCCGGGGGCUCCAACCAGCGUGCCUUUAAAGUGGCAGCGUUGACCACCAUUGCAUGUCUGCUGCUGGCCAGCCAGGUCUUCACUGCCUUCAUGGUGUUUGACCAGAAGCAGCAGAUCCACUCACUGCAGAAAGACUCUAACCGACUGGGCAAACAGCUGACCCGCGCAUCCCAAGCUCCAGUGAGGAUGCAGAUGCCCAUGAGGAGUCUUCCUCUUCUGACGGACUUCACUUCCAUCGACGACGACAAGAAACCCCUGACUAAACUGCACGACACUGUCGUCAGCCUGGAGACCCAGGUGAAGAACCUCAUGCAGGGCUCCCAGCUCCCGCAGUUCAACGAGACCUUCCUGGCCAACCUGCAGAGCCUGAAGCAGCACGUGAAUGAGAGCGAGUGGACGAGCUUUGAGUCCUGGAUGCGUUACUGGCUGAUCUUCCAGAUGGCCCAGCAGAAUCCUCCCACCCCGACGCCUCAGUCAGCCGCUAUGAUCAAGACCAAGUGCCAGUUGGAGGGAGAGUCUGGAGUUACCAAGAUCGGCUCCUACAAGCCCCAGUGUGACGAGCAGGGCCGCUACAAGCCCGUGCAGUGCUGGCACGCCACCGGCUUCUGCUGGUGUGUGGACCCGACUGGCAAAACCAUCCCGGGCACCAGCGUCCGCGGCCACCCCGACUGCCAGAGCGCUUAUCCCAACCGCAGGAUGUUGGCCCCCAUGCGGAUUCAGAAGACCCUCAGCGUUGAUGAUGAGUGAGACCAAUGAAGCAGAAGGUGUGCGGUUUCCUUUCACCAAGCACAGAUGUGGGAAAAAGUGUUUCUAAGCUGGAUGCAGACGGUUAUUGCUUUGAAUCUUGAUCAGUUAAAGCAAUUACAUGUCAUUUUUAAUUUCAACUACUUUUGCUUGCUGUUUGAAAUCAAAUCUCUAUAUAGGGCUACUACAGUGCAUUGCUUUUACUGUGUUUUACAGUUUUGCCUUUUAUAUUAAACAAAGCUUGAAGUUGUUCAACAUUUUAAUUUUCCUAUUCACAUAACACGUGUAACCCUGGACCAUCAUGUAGACAUGGAGGUAGUUCAUUUUUAAAGUUACUGUUUGAGAACAUUGAAGGCAAGUUGAAGUUUAGGAUGGAUACAGCGAGGGAACAACACAUUUGAAACACAAGAGACCAGACUCUUCCCCGGGACAAUGUUAAGUAUACUUUGAUAGAAUACAGGCCACACUUCUUUGAUAAAGCAGUAAAUCAGUAUUUUCAGUGCUGUGUGUGCCACGAAAAAAGGCUGGAUGAAUAAAACCAAAACUAUCUGCAUGGCUACAUGUGAGUUUAGUGCGAAAAUAUUCUUUGUAAUGAAAAAAGUUGUGAAAGUAAGAGCCACCGCUAGCUAACGUUUGAGAGCGUUUGCAAUACAAUCUUUCAAUAAAGUCUUUCUGAUCACACUA